GGAGAUAAAGAAUUUGUUCAGUGCACUUCGUGGUGUUCCAGGGUGUGGUGGAGUAUAUUGGCUAGUGCGCCAGUGGUUCAGUGGUGGCGGUCCCUUGCUUUUCGAAUGUGUCUUACUAUGCCGUCAAAGGAAAGAGCCUCGCUGUAGUUUUCAUCAUGGUAAAUACAUGAUGAUAUCUACUUUUUAGUGCACAAGGAAAGAAGCGAGGUUAGUAACACAUUAAGUAAAGCAAGAGUUGAAGUGGGAAGCAGUGAACAUGAACUGACUCAGGCUUCCUUUCACACUCAAGACUGAUUGAUACUUACAUGCAGACGUGACAAGCAGCAGUUUUGUCAGUGACUUAUUUAGACCGCGGCCUUUGAGUUCCUACACCAUUUCCAAAUUACAGUUGGAUAUCCCUGUAAAGAGAAAUGUCCUAGCCAGAUGCCCGCUGUUGCUCUGGAAAGACAGUCUUGGUUGAGCUGCAACUUUGAAGAUUAUAACUCCCUCCAGCCUCCUGUCAACACCACCUCCUCCAUCAACUCAAUCCAUCUGUAACUGUUCUCUCCCAACUUCCGUAAGCAGCUCCCCGUCUCUGUACAAUUCCCACCUGUGUAGCGAAAUAUUCCCUCAAACCCCAGGACAGAGUGACUUGCGAGGUAAAAAGGGAGGGCACUUGUGUGGCGCCUCCCACGAUGCAUUCUCAGGUCACUCAGGGCAGCCUCGCCGUCAGUACAAUAGAAGACAUUACUGCUCCCAGGAGAUACAGUACUGAAUCUCUCUGUCUCGAUGCUGCUCAAUUACUCUAUAACUCGGCCGCUGCUCCUUCAUGUGCUAUUUCAAAUCGUCUGAGCCCCGCGGCAACUUCCUCAGAUUCGCACCAGUACUUUGACUUCAACACGUCAGGCACCACCACAGGCGCCAACAACUGCACAGAUGUCUCCCUCGACACCUUCUCGCCGCCCCAGAGCACCAAUCUCUGGACCAGCAAGAGUCUGAGCAAGUGCAACACCAACAGUCGAGGCAGCCUAACCUCUAAGAGCAAGGGUGUGUGCUGUGGCCGCCGCCGCCUUAUAGACGAGGAGGGCUUCAUCAGGAGGGCCGCGUGUGUGUGUGUCGAUAAGGAUGAGUCUCAGGUGCUUCUGGUGACGAGCAAGAAGGACCCCUGCGUGUGGCUGGUGCCUGGCGGAGGACUGGAGGUGGGCGAGGAGGCCAUCGUCGCCGCGCAGCGCGAGGCCUGGGAGGAGGCUGGCAUCCAAGGCGUCGUGAAGCGUUUUCUGGGACUGUUUGAGUCCUGCCACCACUCCGGGACCAAGAAGCACCGCACUGCCGUCUUCGUCUUCAUGGUCACCAAGGAGCACAAGGACUUCCCGGAGGCCAGACUGGGUCGACGAAGACGAUGGUUCAGCUUGGAGGAGGCACUGCUACUGCUGGCCCGCCACCGACCACUACAGAGUGCUUAUCUCCAGCUGCUCAUGAUGUCCAAACUCAAGAUGACGGGAACAUCCUAGACUUAUAGGGGGUGCUGAGUAUCGGGAUAGGAGGGGGCUGGGUAAGGCAAAGAGGAACGUACACUUCCAUGGUGUCAGAAGGAAACACGUGUAGUUAGUCUUGUGUUGAGAACUGUGAUAAUGUUGACUACCCGCCUCCAAUUGUCUCAUCUCGCGACCUUUAAGAUGUAAUUGUCUAAUUCUGGAGCAGUAAUAAUGACCUACACUCUCCCUAUAACAGCGGAGUCAUAUGAUUGUUAAAGACAGCACUGAGGAAUGUGUCACUCUACUAGACAUAUGUAAUUGAGAUGUUGUACAGUGAUACUUUUUUUCGGUGUUGAAGGAAAUUUUUCAAGGCUGCCCAGUCCCCUCACUGCCCACACCUCUCUGCAGACCACCACCAGCGGAAGGAGCUAAGGCUGUGUGGUGUACUACUUUGUUAUUUUUCUACACUCUAGAGUAGCUGUAAAGAAUGCGUUGUAUAUAUUUGCUAGAUAACGAGUGGUCUUGUUUGAUACGGAAUGUUCUUAGAAUUUUCUCAUAAACUGUACGUCGGACAAAUCUGUUGAGUUCAAAAUAAAUACUAGUGGAAAGAGAAAGCAGGCUUCCUCUCUACUGAUAACAAGAACGUGUGUGUGUGUGUGUGUGUGUGUGUGUGUGUGUCAGAGAGAGAGAGAGAGAGAGAGAGAGAGAGAGAGAGAGAGAUUUACAAGACUUGUAUUGGUGCUUAUUUUUGUAGGAUGAAAAGAAUGCACGAAGUAUGUAUUGUGCUUCUAGUACUGAAGUGAAGAUUUGAAAUCUCCCACAGCCCCUCUGAGUUUUGACGAAGAGCAGGACAUACGUAGAGAUGUAUAAUAGCGGCAGGAAAGGAAGGGGCUGUCUUUCAUCUCCAUAUUUCAUCAUGGGGCUUUUGUCUCUUGUAAAUAGGAGAGAUGGAGAAGCUGUGAUAUCAGGCCUUCCCUUCCUUCACAUCUUCCCUUACCCAUGUAUCUUCCCGAUGGCUCAAGGUGUCAGUAGCGGUUCCGGCAGCGCUCCGGGAUGUCUCAGAAUCUUGCGAAGGUACGAUGAAACUCCUACCUUAUGUCAGAGAUUGUCACCAUUAAAAUAUUUUAUCUUAAAA